CUGCUAUUGUUGCUGCUCCAUGCUGUUGUUGUUGUCGUUGUCCUUGUCGAUGUCGCUGUUGUUGUUGCUGCUGUUGUUGUCGCUGCUGUUGUUGUUGUUGCUGAGAUUGCUGCUACUACUGUUGUCGCAAGUUGAAUGUUGUUUUACGUUGUUUUUGAUGUCGUUCUGUUGUAAUAUUUUUGUCGGUGUGUGUUUUGGUUGCACGUUGCUCUUUCUUGUUUUCAUAAAAUUCUCGUCUUAUUCUUAAAGAGCUUCGUUAAUACUUAAUUAACAUCUUAUAUUUUAUAAGAAUGACAGACUAUGGAGAAAUAUGAAGUCUCUAACAACAAUCUUUUCUUCAGGUGAUCAUGGUUCACCCGACCCAUGGCCUCACCCAAACAGCAUCGGUCCAACAGCAACGACGUAUAACCCGACCAGUGGUCUGGCGCCUCCUUAUGGACUUUAUAGUCACCAUGGUCCACAUCACGAACCCAUUGUAAGUAACUUGGAUUAGGACCUCUCCAUAUGAGCCCUGCUAUAACGAGAAAACUCAACUGAGUGAGAUCUACAUGCUCUUUUCGCCCAAUGUAAGGUAAUCCAGCAAUCCGGAAUCCCACUUUUAAUAACUUUGCAAUCCGGAAUCCAGACAGUGGAAUCCAGGAGGAGUCCUUAUCUUGGACCAAUUUUCUGGAAUCCGGAAUCCACAACCGAUCUGGAAUCCUGAAUCCAAGGAGCGGAAUCCGGAAUCCAAGGAGUGGAAUCCAGAAUCCAAGGAGUGCAUGGAUUACCUUACAUGGGCCGACUCUUUGUUAACGCAUAUAAAAUUCAAUUGUGUUCAUAUGAGAACAUAAUGUCGUUCCACCGAGGCGGGAUAUUAGGUGGGAGUAAAACACUCAUAUUAACACGGAAAUAAUUCAUCCUACUCAUGUGAGCCUCCCGACAAACCGAGCUCAUACGAACAGGCCCUUAGGAUGUGUUUGUAUUUAGAGGAGCUUGUUGUAUGUUACGUAACACGCGCUCAAAACUAAAGGAGUAUAAUAUUUCACUUGGUUAUGACUACAGUCAAUUUUUUUAAUUUCAUAUUCGUUUCUCAAUUUGUAAGCAGGUUUCAUGUUUUAGGCAAAAGUAUGCAAUUACAGUAGCCUUUUGCUUUGACCUGAAUAAAUUGAAAUCUUACAAGAUAUGUUCCCAACUUUUCUAGACGUACAUGGGUAGAGAAGCUUACGAAAGGAUGACCACAUUGCCACCAAUGUCCUCGUUUCAUCAAGAAGCUAUGCAGAACCAGCGGUAUCAUCAUGCGUCCCCAGUCUCUUCGCCGUUAACCAGUAACGAUCCAUCCGUCCUAGGUAAGAUUUUACUGUAUGCUCGUUCAAGAUUUUGAGCUGGAAUAGUAUUAACAUUAUUACUUGUACGAAGUUUAUACUCACAGAACUGCUCAGCAGUUAAAGAAAUGCAUUAACUCAUUACGGUUGUAUUCUGUUUUGCAGCUCAAGUCAGUCGAAGUGGCUCAGGUUCACAAGCGAUUGGAAAAGCCUUAGCUUCGGUAUACUCAUCAUUUUUUUAAUUAAAGCGCCAAUUUUAAUGAAAGGAUUUAAAGCCCAGAUCAAGCGAAGAUGAGAGCGCAUGAGAUCUGGCAGUCUUGGUUAGCUGUUCCCAACAUUAUCAUGUAUUCUAAUUUACCUUGUUAAUCUAGAGCCCGAAAUGACCCUGUAGUAAUUCGUGACUACAUCCAGAAACGUACUUUAAUAAGUUAAAAUUAAGGAUUAAAUUUGUAAAAAUACAUCGUGAAAAAUUUUGUGUAUUUAUUUUCGUAUACAUACCUGCGAACAGGCUAUACUUGAGCGCCCGAAAAUUGGCUUCACCCAAACAUAGGCCUUUAUCAUAGGAGUUAUCGUUCCAGUUUACUUAUAUAUAGUUCAAUGCUGCCAACUCUCAUCAUCUCUCAUUAUAUAAUAACUACAGUGAAACACGCAAUUUGAUUGGUCAAAAGCCGUGCAGGAUCAGGCUAUCCUGCACGAGGAAUUAAAAUGCCUUCGCGGGAUUCUCAAAAUGUCAUUGUUAUUUUAUAAAACGAUUACCAAAUAGUUUUCCAAGCAGGAUUGCGUGAUCCAUGCACUUUGGGAUGUUGCUCGACUUUCGGAAAGCGUAAAAAUAUUUUUACGUUUUCCGAAAGUCUCGCGACAUCCCUCGUGCAUGGAUCACGCAAUCCUGCACGGAAAAUCAUUCGGUAUUCCCUUAUUCUCGUCUUUCCGGAGCUAAAGGAAUAUCAAUCCAUAACAUAUUUGGAACUUCGCAUGUCGAAGUCGUCAGAGCCUUUUACCUCUGAGUUCGUGGGUUCGAUUCUCGCUAUGGACUCAUGUGAAAAGAGUCAGUCAACGCUCUGCCGAAAGUCGUGGGUUUUCUCCGGGUGUUCCUGUUUCCUCCCACAGGGAAAGUUGACAGGGUCGGUUUAGGAUAAACACAGUUAAGAAAGUAAUAUCACAAUUGGGCUAGUAUUCCAAAGGUCGUAGAUUCGAUUCCCACCGUGGCCAGGCAUAUUUUCAAGCCUGCCCGGUGUGGAUAUACACUCAGAGUAACAUCACACAAGCAUAAUAUCACAAUUAUUGUAAAGAUAAAAUAGUCUAGGCUAAAUAUGUAAUUAGGUAAGCGUAAUAUAAUGUACAAGACAAGAUUUAUUUGCUCCUUUCAAAUUACAAUGAUAUAUACACAAAGAAAUUAUUUAUAUUUGUUAGCAUUAUUAUUUGUAAAAUAUAUUUUGUGUUCUGUCGCUAAUUGUUUUCUAAUUUUUGAGAAGAUUUGAAAGGGAGCUGGCUCCCUGAAAUAACCACAGGGCUAUAUAAGCAUCAGGGAAUGUUUCAUGUAAAGCACAUUUGAUCAUACCCAUUGUAAAUUUGCGCUAUUAAAUGCUAUUAAAAUCGUUAUUGUAAUAUUUCUAAAUUAUUUAUGACGUUUGUUUCAGAUUUACUCUGAUUCCACAACCAAUUAUUCUUCGAACCCUCCGACUCCAAUUGCUUCACCUCCGCCGUUGACGAGUAUAAAUGACCGCCCCUUAUCGGCUGGCUCUUCAAGCUCGGCACCAGGUUCCUGGCCGCGUCCGAAUCUUCAGGCGAUGCCGUCACCCCCCGGUCCAUACGAAAGCCAUCUGCAUUCGCUGGUAAGUGUCUGCUAACGGACAGGUGAACCGCACCAUAGUUAUAUAGCCUUAGCCUCUUCUUCUUUUUAAAAAAUAAUUUGUAAAAUCAAUGUUAGCCCCCUGAUAAGCCUGGGCUUUUGAGGCAAACAUCUUAAUAAAACAAGUAUUAUUGCGCAUAGCAGUAUGCAACUGGUUUUUAAUACAUUGUCUAUUUAGUUAUAACGAUCGAUAUUUUCUAUCAUAUGAGGAUUUAAGAAUUUAAAUACUAUUUAAAAUAUGAGCAGCAGUGUUUUAUCAGAUAUAAAGCCGAGUGUAUCUUUAGGUCUGAUAAAACACGCAUUGCGAAUGUUUUAAAUUGCUUCAAAAACGAUCGAUCGAUCUAGUAAGUUCAUUGGCGAAGUAAUUUUCAAAAAAAUACGUUGUGUAAGUCGAGAAAAUCAAAGUUAAAGUUCAUGUAAAUCAAGGGAAAUCUCUAUCACAUACAGGGUGUCCCAAAAAAAGAGAAAACUAUUGAAAUAACGUAUUGUUAGAAUUUGAAUGCCUCAGCACUCUGCUGAACUCACACGUGCAUCAAAGCUUGACAUAAGUAAAUUUUAUGCAUAAAAACCGUUUAAGAAGCUGCUUUAAAUUCCCAAGAGCAGAAAAUCGUGCGCUUUACAAAGAUAUUUUAAUUUCUUAAUAAAUCAAUGGUUAAUAUAUACACCCUUGUCAAUAUUUUACGCAUCUUUGCAUUCAGCUUAGUGCUAGGGCAUCCAAAUUUUAACAAUACGUUAUUUCAAUGGUUUUGCGUUUUUUGGGGGACACCCUGUAUAUAACGAUACGACACGCUUAUGAUUUUUCUUUGUGUUUUCCUCAUGAAAGAUUUUAAAAUGAGUUUUUGAAGAAAGAAUAAACGAAAUAGAACUCUUUUUCCAGCAGAGCCGUAUGGAAGAACGGCUUGAUGACGCGAUCUAUGUACUACGUAAUCACGCUGAAGGUCAAUUCCCUCGAGAGUUCCAUGCUCAAAUGGGAGCCCCAGUUGGAGUGCCUGGUUACCCGGCUGGUUCGGUUCCAAGUUCUUUGACUGGUAACGCGUCCUCAGUGGUUGACUCAGUGGUGAGUGCUCAAUGUUAAAUGUGGCUAUGUUCAUGGGCGUACCGGAAGGAAAAAUUUAGGGGAGCGGAAAGAAAAUUGCCCGACUUUUCGUGAUUGUGCCCGACUGGUACCGAAAAUUUUUUGUCCGGAAAAAAUUAUUUUGGCGACCCCCCCCCCGUCGCCAAAAAAAUUUCGGUCAGUGUACCAUUUUAGUGGUCAAAAAAAUUUUCCGGACAUACCAAAAUUUUUCGUACCAUCAUACAAAUUUUCCCAAAAAAAUACAUUUGCCACAAAAUUGACAAAAUUUGUCCCAUUUAUUUUUAUAACAAACCAAAUUGCCCGACUGCCCAAAAAACUGGAGGGGCUACCGCCCCCCCCCACGGUACGCCUAUGGCUAUGUUUCCAUGAAGUACAUUUAGGGUUGGAAGAGCUCCAUGAUAUUUAAUGCACAUCUUUAACACAGCCAUCAUUUAAGCAAUCAGGGAGCAAUCGUUAAGAGUUAAUACGGGGUUCCAGUGUAGAUAUUAAGAGGCAAUUUUUUUCAACGUCGCGUAUUUGCCAUGAAAAGUGUUCAAAACCUAAAAUCUUUUUGGCAUUCUUCUCAAAAUUACUUUGUUUUAGCUUUAUUUUGUAGUUAAGGCAGUUAGCUACCUUUUUGAAUGUAUCUGGCGGUUGAGAAACACCAAGUAAUAGUUAAAUAUUGUCAAUUUAAAUACAAUUGUCAUCGAUGCUGUAAAAUUGACGCCAUAUUUAUACAGCGAUAUAAGCAAAACUUACUGAACUUCAGACAUCAUUUUCUUUUCAUUUUCAUCUAAAAUCACUUCAUUUUAGUAUCAUUCUACAGAUAAAGCACUAAACAUACUUUUUAAGUUUGUUUGCAGCUUGAGAAACGCAUAAAAAUUUUUAAAAAAUUGAAUGUAGUCAUAACCAAGUGGAAAAUUAGUUUUGAGCGCGUGUUACGUAACAUACAAAAGAUUCUCCUCUUAAUUUUAAUAGCAAGUUUUCUUAGUUUUUGUUGUAACUAUGCAAAUACGAUUGAAAUGAAUAUGUAAUUUACACCAAUGCAAUGUAACAAUGUUAAUUAUUGCAUCUGUCAUUUUAGUCUAAUUCCACAGCCGAUAGACACGUAACAACGUCAUCUAGUGCUAAUAGGAAUCCUAGGAUACCGGAGUCUGGUAAGUAUCAAUCUUUUUUUACAAACUGUUUUAUUUUCUGAAUACUUAAUGCAAAAUCAUGGAACGAAUUACCCAGUGAAAUAACUGAUAAUCACCAACAAUAGGCAAUUCCCAUUAUAGACUAUUUUUUAUCUUGGCAAGUAUAUUCCCGGAAAGAGCAUACCGGUACUAAAAUUAGUAAAAUUGCAAAGUUUGGUUGCAAAAUGUUGUAAAAUGCGGAAAAUAUAGCCUUGCAAAGUUCGCGAAUUUUGUAUACAGUACUUAAUUUGUAUUGUGUGCGGAAGUUGCUACCAAUUUGCAUGGGUGGAAAAUGGUAGCAAUUUCCGCACGUAAUAAAAAUGUUAGUCUCCUACGCAGCCUGUUCGCGGGUCCGAGGUUUUCUCCCCUCCUACGCAGCCUGUUCGCGGAUCCGAGGUUUUCUCCCCAGAGGAGAAAACCUCGGACCCGCGAACAGGCUGCGUAGGAGAAUAUAAAAAAGUGUACAAAAUUUGCAAACUUUGCAAGGCUAUAUAUCUUCCACAUUUUACAAAAUUUCGCAACCAAACCUUGCAAUUUUACUAAUUUUAGUUAGCUCUUUCUAAUUCACUAACUUUAGUUAGCUCUUCCAAGUUUUAAAAUUAGUCUAUAAUUAUAAUGGAAAUUGUCUGUUAUCAGAAUCUCUUUUAAGCGACGAUUAUAUGUUACAAGUUGAUAUAUCUGUUUAAGAUUUCGAUCGCAUGUACAUAUAGCUCCGUCAAUGGCACUGCAAUUCAUUUACUAUAGUUGAUAAUUGUUUAUGUUUUGUAUUAUAUUCUGUACACGGCCCUUUGAAAAUCAGUAUUGUAUAUAUCUAUUUAUCACUGAAUAUGCCACCGUGUGUGGAGAAUUUUAAUUUGAAUAAACAAUAAACUUGAUUGCGUUCAUUUACUUCGUUUGGGCACCGCAAUUUGUUCGAGGAUUGUUUAUAUUUGUUUUCCCGACCAGAGUAGCAAACAAAUAUACCUGAUAUUGUACCUGGAUACCGUAAACUCACAAAUUUUGAAUUAUUUCAUAGUUGUCAGCCAUGUUCUUAUAUUUUCAUAUUCCUUACUACGCAAACUAAUGUAACUUUGCUCUUCAGGUGGAUCAAAAAAUCCCAAGAAGCAAACCUCUGUUUCUACUGCUGGUUCUACUACUAGCAAUGCUUUGACGUCCGCGGUCAGCCAGCUAGAGGACGAGCUCAGUGAAGGGAGUGGGGAUGAGUUUGGGGAUGAUAAUUUCGAAGAAGGCCAUACUGGUGGAAAACAAGUACGAGAGACUGAGCGGAGAUAUGCUAAUAAUGCUAGAGAAAGGUGA